AUGCGUGAACGGAGAAAGCAAAGGAAAGUAGAAUACUUAGUUUACAAACACCUUUCAAGCUUCCACUUAAUUCUCUUGAUUGUGGAUAAUUGCCCUACUCAUCCAAAAAAUAUUGAAGGAUUACGAAAUGUUGAAUUAUUUUUUUUGCCACCAAACACAACUUCAAAAAUUCAACCUUGUGACGCGGGGAUCAUACGAGCUUUUAAGAUGCAUUAUCGUUGUCGAUUUUAUAGAAGUCUUUUGGAGGGUUAUGAAUUAGGGGUUCCAAAUCUAGCAAAAAUAAAUGUAUUAGAUGCAAUGAAUCUUGCAAUUUCAGCAUGGACUAUGGAUGUUCGUGCAAAUACAAUUGCGAACUGUUUUCGUCAUUGUAAACUUCGAUCAACAGAUAACAUGACUUUUGAGAACUCAGAUGAAGGUGGUGAAAGCACUCAAGAACUUCAGAAUUUGAUCAAAGAGUUGGGUUAUCGCAAUGCAAUGGAUGUCGAAGAUGUUCUGACUCACCCAGAAGAAAAUGUAGUUGCACAGUUGUUGACUGAUGAAGAAAUUAUUGAAAGCGUUAUUGGAAUUAAUAAAAAUGAUAUCGAUGAAGAAGAUGAUGAACGUUCUACAAUGGAGCCCCCUUCGCGAAACGAAGCUAUUAAAGCGGCAAUCACAUUGAACAAUUUCUUGUUGAGCUAUGAGAAAACAACACCAAAAGUUCUUACCAUGCUAAGGAAAAUUAGAGACGAGAUUCAAGGGGAAAUUGAUUUCAACAAAAAACAAAAGACAAUUGAGUCAUUUUUCAAGAAACCUUGCACCGGAACACUGUUUAUUGAUGUGGACUGGGUAACAGUUCUCCUAGAGUUAUUUACUGCAAUUUAA